UUCUUUUUAGCGAUCCUAUUAACUUCAUUGUUGAGCGCCCCUUUCCUUUCUGGCAUUUUCAGUUCUACCACCUUUCAAAAAAGUGAAAGGAAGAACAUCAACAGGUUUUUAAGUCUUCAUUCUUUUCAUUCCGUUCAUUCCAUCUGGAGGGAGGCCUGGCGGGGUUGAGUGGCAGUCCGCAGGAGGAGGUGGGAGUUCCGCCGUGUUUGGGCAGAGCAGCGCUGGCUUCCUGGGAGCCCUGUGUAAGUGUUGGUUGUUGGGCUGUUACCCCCUUUUUAAAUUUUAACGGUCGUGAAACUAACUCUGCUGUGGGGCAUGCAGGAUCCCCAUAAGGGAUCAAGCCUGGACUUUUAACCACUGGGCCAACAGGGAAAGUUCCUUCCUUAUCAUUCUUUACAAGGAUCUGUAUGUAUUAAAAAUUCACAGAAUCAUCUUAGAUGGGAUCUUAGAGAGUCUUCUUUAAUCUUAUUUUCCAGGAAAACCACAUCAGAAUGAAGACACUUGUACAAGGCUGUUUGUGACAGAACCAGGGCUGGUUACCUCAGGCAUAUGCUUUCUUUCCAGAAUACCAUACUGCCAACCUAGAGGGGGCUUUGGUACAGUGGGGAUCUUGUCCUCGGUGAUAGAGUCCAGGCUUUGAACACUAACUCUGCUGUGGACUAGGAGCAUCCCUGAGCACAUUACCUAGCAUCUCUGUACUUUAGAUUACUUAAAAUGAGGUUCUUAAUCAUUACCUUAUGAGGCAGUACUGAGAGGUUUUAGGUACAAAUCAGAGGUUCAGUAACUCUUGGUGUUUCCUGACCAAAUUAGGAAGCUGUUGUUCCUCACUCCCCCUCUUACUGAUAAGUUUUGUUUCUCUCUGACCUCAGGUUCCUGGAGGUGGGCAGCAGCUAGAAGCAGGGUGAAGCAGAAGGCAGACGACACCUGCAGAGCUGCAACCUGGCAUCACUGAAUAGUGACUGCUGAGCCAAGGGGGACCAGGUCCCUGAACUCUGUGGCUGAGGCUUGAAGGGAAUCAAAGGUGUUCUCAGUUGUGAACGGAGAGUUUGGACAGCAGAACAAAAAAGGAAGAUAGCCCCCUGGAGCAGAUAUCUUUGACACAGGAGGCCAAUUCAAACCCCUUGCAAAGGCCUUUGCCAGGUCUCUCCAUCUCCUUAGUCACUGGAAGGUAGAUAGCCCCAGGAUGGAGCCUAGUCAGCCUUGGGGGCCAGGCCAGGCAUGGAUAAAGCUUAAAAGAGAUAGCAUGGAAGAGAAGGUGUCUGACCAGCCAAAGCCAGUGGAACCUGAACAGAAGCUGCUCCCUCAGGUGGAUGAGGAGGGUCUGCCGAAAGCCCAGAAGGGAGAGGGCUGGUGGAAGGCGUGGGUGAAGAAGCCAGUCACCUUUGAGGAUGUGGCAGUGAACUUCACCCAGGAAGAGUGGAAAUGUCUAGAUGCCAGUCAGAAGGUCCUCUACCAGGAUGUUAUAUCAGAGACUGUCAGAAACCUGAUGUCUGUGGAUCUGAUUGCCAAGCUUGAGCAAGAAAAGAAACAGUGGGAAGCAGAUCUCUGUUCCCCGAAUGGAGAAGGCUUUCAUUCAGGAGGUGAGAAGGAGGAACGCCAAGAACAGAGUCAGAGUUUGGGAGAUGAGGGGACUGUUGAUGACAAGAAGGCCUCCCUUGCUCACAGAGGCUCGGGCCCAACCUCUGCUCCAACUGGGUCCCCGGACAAGACACCAGCGUUGCCAGAAUCCUGGGCUUGGCCAGCCUUUACCUGUCACACCUGUGGCAAGUGCUUCAGCAAGCGCUCCAGCCUUUAUAACCACCAGCUUGUUCACAACAGCGCCCAGUGUGGGAAGUCCUUCCAGAACCCCAAGGACCUCAGCUCCGGCCAGCGCAAGCAACUCAGGGAGAGGCCCUUCUGCUGCUCGCUCUGUGGCAAGACCUACUGCGAUGCUUCUGGACUGAGCCGUCACCGCCGUGUCCAUCUGGGCUACCGGCCCCAUGCGUGCCCCUUCUGUGGGAAGUGCUUCCGGGACCAGUCUGAGCUCAAACGCCACCAGAAGACGCACCAAGGCCAGAAGCUGGGGGCUGGAAACCAGAAGCAUAUUGUGAGGACUCUGGAUACCAGAGCUGGAUUACAGGGGCUGGCAACAGGGAACCAUGCACCAGUGGCUGGGACCCAAGGACCCACACUUAAAACCAAGGGUCCCAAGACUCAGCCCCAGCCGUCAAUAGACAAGAACAAGGCACCUGCCACCAAGAACCUGGUAAUCGCUCAGGCCCCAGUUAUUACAGACCCAGAGCCUGUGACCAGGACCCCAGCCCCAGAGCCUGUGACCAGGACCCUGGCAACCAACAUGCGAGCCACACGCCUGAACACCAAGUCCACCUCUCACCCAGAGAAGCCUUCAAGACUCAAGGUCUUCUCUUGCCCUCAUUGUCCCUUGACUUUUAGCAAGAAAACCCGUCUCUCCAGUCAUCAGAAGGCCCACUUCACAGAGCAGUCCAACCGCUGCUUCCACUGUGGCAAGUCCUUCACUUUAUUCUCCGGGCUGAUCCGGCACCAGCAGACUCACUGGAAGCAGAGGGUCUACUGUUGCCCUAUCUGCGACGUCUGCUUUGGGGAGAAAGAGGACCUUUUGGGUCACUGGGGGGGCUACAGAAGCAAGGGGCUGUUCCUGGGCAGUCCCCACAAGUGCUGGGCCAUCCUGGGUCAGUGGCUUGGCUUCUUUCCCAAUGCCUCUGCUGUGGCAGGGAAGGAAAUGAAUCAUUCUCCUAGAUCCAGACCCUCAGGAAAGGGGAGGAAUGGAGAGGAAAAGGCACGCAGAAGAAGGAAAGCAGACAAGGCAGUGAAGGUCUUGGAAGGGAAAUGAAUGGCCUGUCUGCCCGAGGUCUUUCUCUGUUUGGAUUUCCAGAGGAAUGACCUCCAGGGUAAGGAGACUAGGAUAAAGGAAGAGAGGUGAAGGGAUAGUGGAGGACAUACAGAAA